AUGAUAAGAAGAUUAUUUCUUCCGUAUUUUUCAAAAGAUAAAGGCCCCCCAAGAAUCAGAUGCCAAAUAAACGGUGUAAAAAGAAAACGAUUUUACAAAAUUGUAGUUGCUAAUCAAAAAGAUAAGAAAAAUGGAAAACAUAUAGAAGUCUUAGGUACAUAUGUGAAUAAAAAUAAUAUAAAAGAAAAAUUAAACACAUAUAACAUUUCUAAUCCUGAUAAUGAUUAUUAUUAUAACAAUGUAGAAAAUAUUAAAGAAAUUAGAUUACGAUUUAAUAGAGUUAAAUUUUGGUUAGCUGCAAAUUGUAAUUUUAGUGAUCAUAUGAAAUACGUUUUAAGCUUAUGUAAAAUAAUACCUCAGUAUCCAAUAAAAUACAGCAGGAGAUGUUCCGACAAAUAUUAUUAUAAAUAUAAUGAAAUUAUAAAUAAACAUAAAUUAAUACAAGCUGAAAAAAUCAACAAUUUUUUAAAAACAGAUUUAAAUAUACAAUAUAUGAAUAAUUUUGAUGACCCUACAACAGAACACAAAGAACAAGAUGAUUAUAUAUAUACUCCUGAAGAACUUACCUAUCUUAAAAAACUAUCAAAAAAUAGAAAUAUAGAAUUUGAGCAUGCAGACAAAAUUAGGAAAAUCAUAAGGUAA